AUGAGCUCAAAAGAUAACUUGGCCCUGGAUCUUGAGCACGGCGUGCGACGAUGGGAUCGUGCUCGAUGGAUCUCCGUCUUCAGCUCGCAUAAUCCGACUAUACGCGAAGUGACGGAAUGCUUGGGUCUGGGCCUAUCCGCGUCUUCCUCCACCACCAACCGCGGCAUUCCGAAGUUCGACAACCCAGACUACCGCAAGUUAUCGAGUGAGGUGACGAAACUAUCAAAGGAAUUACCAAAAGAAAGAGAUGCAUUGCUGGAUUUUGCAGCGGAUCCGAGUUCCCUGAACCAGGAGCUUGAAGAGCUGCUAGCGAGUUACGGACCCGCUAUUUGGGGCAGGGAUGCAGACCGGAGCUGUUUACUUACACCAGACCCGACCAAGAAGACGUACAACAAAGACCUGUUUUACGAAGAACCUGAGCAUAAGGAUAUUCUCAAGAUCCAUUUGCAUCGGUGGAUCAUCAUCAAAGCGUGCUACUAUAUCCGCAACAUGAAGCUGAAGAGGCCGUCGGGCGCGAACGAGUAUGACCAGCUCGCCGACAUCGAUGGCGAGGGUCUUUCGCCGCAUGGAACGCCACAGUCACUCACUCCACCAGAUCCGGAAACUGUUGCCACCACCGAAUUUGAAGUUAAACCCAUCAAUCUGAAGAAGCGCAAGAGCAAUGCUCACCUAACCAUGUCUGACGAUGACGAGCUUGAAGCCUCCCCUGUGAAGCGGCCUUACAGCACGAUGCCCGUGAGUCGAAAAGGCAGUCCAAGAAAGUCACUGAAGUCACUCUACCCUGCGGGUCCAGGCAGCACAGAGAACAUUCCUCCAAUGCCGACACAUAGCCUUCUCCAUCGAUUCUCACCGGCGCCAGGAACCGCAUCCGAGCCCGCUCGAUUACAGCUCAGUCCCCUGUCAAACAACGACCUGAACGGCGUGUCAAGGCCUUCUGCUGUCACGCAGAAUUCCACGAGUUCAGCACCUGGAGGCUUCACCGCAGUUAACACUGGAAGUUUUACUGCUGUCAACAACACGCCUUCUGCGAGUGAGCCACCCCGAGAACCAGUACGGGAACAAACAAGGGAACCUUCGAGGGAAGUGCAUCGAGCUCCUCAUCCAAUUGGGCAUCGUCACAGCAACAGCUAUACAAGCCCAUACGAGCCAUCCUCACAUAGUACGGCAAUGGCUCGAUCUGCUACAGACACACCUCGCUCUGCACCGCCAGCUACUCCUACGCCGGCUCCAAAUCAAGGAUUCUCAGCAGUCAGCACAUCUUCAGCAGCUAAUGGAGCAGGCGCACAUAUGAAGAAGGAGUCUCCUGCCGUUCAACCUGUUCAACAUGCGCAUAUUGCUCCACAACCACAACAUCAAUCGCAACCACCGCAACCGCAACAGCAGCCACCGCAAGCACAGCCACAAGGAUCACAACAGACACCGUCUCAUACUCCACAUCAGCAUCACGCGUCGCCACAUGGGCAACCACCUCAACCGCAUCAUUCUCAGCAUGCGCAUCUCCCUUCUCAUCCGCACAUUCAGGCUCAACAUCAGCCUCUACCUCGACCACCAAGUCGGGCUAAUACCCCAAGCCAUCCUUUCGGCCGUUCUCUUGCACCUCAUCCCCGCAGUAGAUCUAGUACACCACUUGCGCAGGCCGCACCUAAUCAGCCGGCGACGGCACCUAAUAAGCAGGUCACAUCGGCAUCCGCGAUACAAAGCGCUCCAGCGUACGGCAUACAGCUCAUACCGACACAAGAAGCACCUCCAGCACCAUCGAGUAGGCAGCGACUGCCAUCAAAUCCUAGUCAACCCGCUGCACCACAACACGCGUCACCUCAUCAACCCCAUCAGCCUGUACUCAAAAGCCAACAACCGCAACAACCACCAGAAAUGGCUCAUGCCGUCCAGCCACCACAGACCUUUCCUAGGGGCUCCGUAUCCACAUCCACAGCCGACCUCCGGCUCCUCCAAUGCGAAGUAACAGCUGGCCUCUUCACAUUCUUCUACCCACGCACCACGAUGCCACCAGAUGAGCCCGCCCUACUCGUGCGCAUGCACACGCUUUGGUUCCACGGUGAGAGCCUCUUCCGCGCCGAGCUUCCUCAACACUUUGACCUCGUCUCCAAGAUCCUGACGGCUUGGCUGCACGAACGCCAGGCCAUCGCCUCGUUGCGCCAUUCUAUGCAGGCGAAUCCUGGUGUCUCGCACGUAGGGCUGGUAGAUCGUUUGCUCGCCAUGAACGAUCUCCGGGCUAUGCGACUGAAGUGGAAGAACAUGAGUUCAAUCGAUGGACUGAGUCCCGAGGAUCUGCUCUGCAUGGCAUUUAGAGUCAUGACGAACACCGAGGGGUCGGAAUACCUGUUCAAGGACGGGCUGGCUAGGCUCGAGCUUGGCGUUUUCGAGUUCCUACGCAGCGAAGACUCGAAGAUUGUUAUGCAGAGGCGGGAUACUAGGGCCGGGUGA